CCUGCAGCGACUGCUCAGCACCGUGGCAUGCAUGCAUGAAAGAUGAGCAUCUCUAUCUCGUCGUUGCCACGGCGCGCGCCACGCGCCAGGAAAAACCGGCACCGCCCAGAGAAAAGCACUGCACUCGUGCCCCCAUUCCAUUUCAGUUGCUACUCACUAGAGUUAACACCACGUCGUGUCACACUGUCUCAGUUGAGCCCGUCACGUUGCGCCGGCGAGGUCGCGAGCCACGGCACAGAGACGCAGCCACGUGCCAAGAAUGGCCUGCUCGUCGUCGCAGCGGGGCGGCGAGCUCAUCCUGGCCGCCUCCCACGGCCUGCCGAUCGCCGCCUACGACGCGCUGACGGGCGACGUCGUGGCCGAGUUCCCGGCCGCCAACACGCCGCGGCACGGCCUCGCUGUCGCCGCCGGCCCGGGCACGGCGAUCGUCGCGGCGUCCCACGUCUGCCCCGCCACGGGCGCCGGCUCGAUCCGUCUCCUCCGGUGGUGGUCCCCGGCUCCCGCACACGAGCUGCCUGUCCCCGAGCCCGUCGCGCCGCUCGUGGCGACCCCCUACGGCUCCCACCUCCUAGCAGGCGGCGUGUCCGGGCGCGUGCACGCCGUCGCACUCCCGUCCGGCGACGUCGCAUGCUCCUUACGCGCCCACACCGGCGGCGCCGUCUCCUGCCUCGCGCUCAACGACGACGGCUCGCUCCUCGUCUCCGGCGGCGACAACGGCGGGGUGGCCGUGUUCCCGCUGCUAAGCGUCCUGGACGUCGACGCCGCGAACAACGCCUCCACCGACCUCGCCGUCUACCGUAUCGCCGCGCACGUCGCACCCGUGACCUGCGUCGCGUGCGGGCACGGCGGGAGCAACGCCGUCGUCGCAUCGGCCUCCACCGAUGGCACGUGCAAGGUCUGGAGACUGGCGGACGGCAGCCACCUCCGGACCCUCUCGCUCCCGUGCACCGUGCUCUCCAUUGCCCUUGACCCCACAAGCUUCAACCUCUACGCCGGCGGCUCAGACGGCCGCAUCCACGUCGCGUCCCUCAACUCCCCGGGCUCGAACACCGUGAAGACCACACCGCAGCACGCAACCAACAGCACCAACGACGCCGCGCUCAUCGGGGUGGCCAUUGCCAACGAGUGCAAGAACCUGGUGUCGUGCUCCGAGGACGGCGAGGUGAGGGUGUGGGACCUCACACACGGGCUACUCCUCGCCAACACGUUUUGGAUCAGAGGCGCGGUCAGCGGCGUGGUGGUGGUCAAGAGGCUCCCCGGCGAGCUGGUCAGGGGCGGCGGCGAGGGGUUCAGGGUUCACGACGACGUGGCUUGGACGAGGACACGCGAGGUGGCGGAGAUGAACCAGAUGUUGCGCUCGUCGGAGGAGGACAAGGCGAGGUCCGUGGAGCUGAUCGAGAUGAAUGUCGACAACUACAAGCGGUGCCUGCGGCUGGUGCUCCGGGAGGUGAACGCCGUUGCCAACGGCCGCCGUAAUGGCAUCAAAGACGGCAAUGUCAGUGAUUGA